AUGAAUAAAGAAACAAGUCUUAAUGAUAAAGAAAUCACUAAAAUCCCAAAGGGGGUUGAUAAUAAAUUUAUCCCUGGCGAACCACGACCAGAAGUUGAAUUUUUGGUUAUAGAAAAAACCGGUAGACGAUGGCCUUAUCAUGGUGGCAAAAAGGCUUUGAGUGCUAGUACUCUCACGAGAAUUUUACGAGAAAUAGAAUAUGAAGAGAUACCAGAAUAUAUCCUUCUCAAAGCCGCUGAACGAGGAAAGAAUUUUCACGACAUUAUUCAGGAAUUUGUCCAAAGUGGUAAUCAUCCCCUGUUUGUUGAUUUAGAAGAAAUUACUAAAUUAAAUAAUUUAGAUAAGCGAGUUCAUGAAACAAUUAAUUUUUUAAAAAAGAAUAAAUCCUUAAAACUUGGUCAUUUCCUGGGAAGUGAAACGCUCCACCAUGUUUUUUACAAAGAGGAAUUACUGGCUACUUAUGUUGAUUUAGAAUUUCGCGACUAUAUUAUUGAGUUAAAAACUAGCAAUAUUAAGGCCAAUAAGAGUCCCCUGGCCUUACUCAUUUUUGAAGUUCAAUUGCUUAUUCAAUACUUAUGUACUGGUAAAAAUGUUUAUCUCUUAUGGAGCACUGGCGAAGGAAUAAUUUUUGAGGAAUUUAAAAUAACUCCUCAUUCUCUCCAAGUCCUGGACAUGUUAAUGGAAUUAGUGCAUAAUGGUGAAGAUUAUACCCUCGAAAUGAAAAAGGCGAUUAUCCAAAAAAUACUAAGUAAUUAUUCGAUGCCUAAAAAAUUAAUUCGUUAG